UAUCAAAUAUGCGAUCAUGUAUGAAAUUAGCGAGUCAGACAGGACGUGAACACGCGCGCGAGAAGGAAUGUCGGACAUUUGAACGAACUGUCAUUGUGAUUUUAGACAUCGCGUAAUCUCGCAAUUACGUCCGCGAUCGUGAGGGACGGGAGGGGACACGCGUCUCAAGAGCUAGAGAUAUGUAAGGUUAUUCGAUUUUCUCGAACUAAUCGCGUUCCUGAACAGACGGAAUCCAGAGGGGGAAAAAAAUGUCGUUGCCGCGUCGAAAUGUUAUUCGAAAUCGGCGCGAGCUCUGAACCAUCGGCAGCACGUCCUUUGACGAUGCCGAGCGAAAGAAACGAAAAGUGAAGAUGUCACCGUUUCGCAGGAAAAAGUCGGGAAGGUCCUUCCCCGUGAAGGUCUGCACCCUGGACGCGGAGCUCGAAUUCAAUCUGGAGUGGAGAUCGACUGGCAGGGACCUGUUCGACCUGGUGUGCCGUACGAUAGGAUUGAGGGAAACGUGGUACUUCGGGCUCCAGUACGAAGACUCGAAGGGUUUUAUCUCUUGGCUAAAAUUAGAUAAGAAAGUACAGGAUCAGGGCAUUUCCCAGCAACCAACAACACCGUUCAUGUUCCUGGCGAAAUUUUAUCCUGAGGACGUGGCCGAAGAACUCGUGCAAGAGGUCACUCAACAUUUGUUCUUCUUACAAGUGAAGCAGGCUAUACUAUCUAUGGACAUUUAUUGCCCACCCGAAGCUUCCGUGUUGCUUGCUUCCUAUGCUGUCCAAGCAAAGUAUGGAGAUUACGAUGAAGUUUUAUAUCGUCCUGGAAUGCUUGCCAGCGAAGAUUUGCUUCCGCAGAGAGUCAUAGAUCAAUAUCAAAUGACACCAGAAAUGUGGGAAGAUAGGAUAAAGAUUUGGUAUGCCGAUCAUCGUGGCAUGUCUCGAGACGAAGCAGAAAUGGAAUAUCUUAAGAUUACUCAAGAUCUCGAUAUGUAUGGUGUAAACUAUUUUCCUAUUAGUAAUAAGAAGGAAACGGAUCUUUGGCUUGGAGUAACAGCACUGGGACUCAAUAUCUAUGAAAAGGAAAAUAAACUAGCUCCGAAGACUACGUUCCAAUGGUCGGAAAUCCGUCACAUUAGCUUCGACGACAAGAAGUUUGUAAUCAAAACCGUGGAGAAAACAUCACCAAACUUCGUGUUCUUCUCGCAGAAAGUUCGCAUGAAUAAAUUGGUAAAGAAACAGUCAGAUGUUGCCAGCUGGGUGAAGAAUUUGAUAGCUUUAGGGUUGGAUGAACAUAAUAGUGACAAAGCUGCUCACAUAUUAUUUGUUAAGAUCCUGGACCUGUGUAUUGGCAACCACGAUUUGUACAUGAGGAGGCGCAAACCGGACUCCAUGGAGGUUCAACAGAUGAAGGCACAGGCCAAGGAAGAAAAAUCCAGGAGACAAAUUGAGAGAAAUAAAUUAGCACGAGAAAAACAAUUGAGAGAAGCAGCAGAGAGGGAAAAGGCUGCAAUGGAGCAUCGACUUUUACAGUACCAGGAGGAAAUACGACUUGCAAAUGAAGCUCUUAGAAGAUCGGAAGAGACAGCAGAUCUUUUAGCUGAGAAAAGUCGCGUAGCUGAAGAAGAAGCGAUGCUUUUAAGUCAAAAAGCAUUGGAAGCCGAACAAGAGAUUACGCGCAUACGGCUAAAUAAUAUGAAGACUGAAGAAGAGAAGGUUCACUUAGAACGAAAGACUAGAGAAGCUGAAUUAUUAACGGAAAGAUUAGUCCAGGAAUCGGAACGCAGAGCUGCUGAGGCAGAAAGGUUAAAGGAUGAGCUGUUACGCGCAAGAGUCGCCGAGAAAGAAGCUAAAGAAAAGCUGUUAGAGUUUCUCAGUAGAAAUGCCUAUAUACCCACUACCAUAACUCCUGUGCCAAAUCUAUUUCCCUCGACGCAAGUACUUCCAUCAGAUCUACAGGCGGAUCUUCAAACUCUGCAAUUGGAUGCAGAACCUCUGCCACCUGAUUUAACAUCUUAUGAUCUUAUUGGUGAUGGAGAUGUCGAUCAACUUUCGUUAGAAAUUGAAAAAGAAAGGACUGAAUAUUGGGAGAAAAGUAAAAACUUACAGGAACAGCUGCGAGACUUACGUACUGAAAUUGAAGUUUUAAAGGUCGGUGAGAAGCAGUGUGAAUUAGAUCAAUUGCACGAGGAGCAAGUUCGACUUGGUGAAAAUAAGUACAGUACGCUAAAAAAGGUGAAAUCCGGAUCCACUAAAGCUAGAGUCGCUUUUUUUGAAGAAUUAUAGUUUUUAAAAAACAGAUGUUGAUAGACAUCCAUUGAAUGUAUGAUGCUAGUAAUUGAAUUUUUUUUAAAUGAUCAUAUAUAAUAUUCAAAAAUAUGCUAUAUCACAAAGUGUUUCAUCAUCAUUGCAUUGAAUUAUACUACCACAUUUUUCAAUGAAUUUAAAAUGUUUAACAAAUAUUUAG